CAGAGCAGACACGCGGACCGAAGGGGAUACUCCUAUACUUUGAUAGCGUGUUAAUUACUCAUGCGAUGUGAUGCAGAUGUCUGGGGGCUCCAUCUGAAACUUUGUUAGACGGUUCCAGGGGAGACAAACACUUUAGGAGCGCGCCUCGAUCCGAUGCCCCGCUGCUUUGUAAUCACUGCGAGGUGUGGAAUGUGUGCGAAGAAGACAGGCGUGGCCCUGUGCGUCUCGCUGGCCGUCCUCUGUCUGGCCAGCAGCGGAACGUGCCAGAUAAACAGCACGGGCCCCGUCCUCGCGGCCUCGGCCCGACCCUCCGUGGGCCCCGGCGCCAACGUCUCGGUGAGGAUGCGCCCGGUGCCUCCGCCGCUCUGCAUCAACGGCGAGACCUACAUCCGCAGCUACUUCAAGUACAUCAACACGGUCAUCUCGUGCGCCGUCUUCAUCACGGGCCUGGUGGGCAACGCGACCCUGCUGAGGAUCAUCUACCAGAACAAGUGCAUGAGGAACGGACCCAACGCUCUGAUCGCCAGCCUGGCGCUGGGCGACCUCAUCUACAUCACCAUCGCCAUCCCCAUCAACGUGUACAAGCUGUUGGCAUCCCACUGGCCAUUUGAUGACAAGCCCUUUGGCCUCUUCCUCUGCAAGCUGGUCCCGUUCCUACAGAAAGCCUCUGUGGGCAUCACCGUGCUCAAUCUGUGCGCCCUCAGUGUGGACAGGUACAGAGCGGUGGCUUCCUGGAGUCGCGUGCAAGGAGUCGGCAUCCCCUUGCUGACAGCCAUCGAAAUCAUCGCCAUCUGGGUCCUGUCCAUCGUCCUGGCCGUGCCAGAGGCCAUCGGCUUCAACAUCGUCACUUUCGGCUACCGGAACAGGACCAUAAGGACCUGUAUGCUGCAGCCUCACUCCACCUUCAUGGAGUUUUACAGGGACGCAAAGGACUGGUGGCUCUUCGGCUUCUACUUCUGCAUGCCCUUGGCUUGCACGGCCCUCUUCUACACCCUCAUGACCUGCAAGAUGCUCCACCACAGGAAUGGCAGCCUAAGGAUCGCCCUCAGCGAACAUCUCAAGCAGAGGAGAGAGGUGGCCAAGGCCGUCUUCUGUCUCGUCCUCAUUUUUGCCCUUUGCUGGUUCCCGCUGCACCUGAGCAGGAUCCUGAAAAAAAUGGGGUACGCGGAAGACGACACGAGCCGGUGUGACUUCCUCGCCUUCUUGUUAGUCCUGGACUACUUUGGUAUGAACUUGGCCACUGUGAACUCCUGCAUAAAUCCCAUCAUCCUGUAUUUCGUCAGCAAGAAAUUCAAGAACUGCUUCAAGUCCUGCCUGUGCUGCUGGUGCUAUUCCCCUCUGCUGAGCAACAGCAUGGGCGCCAUCAACGGCACCAGCAUCCAGUGCAAGGUCCCGGACCCCAACAACCACCUCGUGGACCGCAGCCAGCCCAAGGACAGCGACAACUGAGCGGCGGCCUCGCCGUCCACCGCGCUCAGCGUAUCCCAUCAGCCCCUGCACCUGACCAAGCAGGCCUUGGGACCCUUUAGGUGCUCGACUCUCUCAGGUUUUUACCUUAUAUAUGUACCUGUACAGCGUAUGCUUAUGCAAAACAGCACAGCAGUUCUGAGCCCGACACGGUGAGCAAUAAGCGGAUUCAUCGUACCGCACGUUUACCGUACGCAGUGGGCGUUCCGUCGCUGCCCGGAUCCCAGAGGGAAAACCUUCGUUUCUUUUUCUCGAGAACGACGGAAACAGAGGAGGGCAGUACAAGGCGGCCACCCUUGAGACACUGUCAGAGGCCGUAGGAGAGGAAGGGGGCGGAGUCUAAACCCUUGAUGAAAGGGGGCGGUACCAGAGACGCUACUUUUCCACUUGACAUGCUAGGUCACUGGCCGCCAUCAGCACAACGGGCCUUUCUGUUCAGUUAUGUGCAAAUAUUAUAAAUGGAUAUAGUGCGUUCUGCUCUAACUGUGCAGGUGACGCUUUUUGAGACUGGUGGCGAGAAAAAUUCCCAGCUGAUUGAAAAGCAAGCAAACCUCAUGCAUUUUACCGCCAUCACGCCUGGAUAACCAUCUUGUAUAUUGUAUUGCAAACCUGUAUAUAUGAAUAUUGCAGCAUAUUAUUUUCAGUGUGCUCAGAAUGCCACACAUUGUUUUUUUUUCCUCACUUUUUAUUCAAACCCAGAGGUGUCAGGUGUCACCUGGACUCUCUCACUGAGCCCGUUGUACACAUGAUGCAGUUCUCUGUGACUGGACCCUCACGUUAUCUCCCCCAGAUGGAAACCACUAGAAAAAAAAAAACACAAAUUGUGUUUAACAAAAAUUCUUGAGAAUUGUUUGCUGCUCUCUUCAGCAAAACUGAAAAGGAUGUGUUACGUGACUUGGAGACCAAUAAGUUUUUAAUGAACAACCUUUUUUUUUCAAAAAAAAAAAACAAAUCCACUGUGAAUGUUUCUGCUAACAAUGUACAUUUGGUUUUAUUUGACUUUUUUCUUCUUAUAAGAUGAUGCUGCAGAUUGGGUGGUGAAUCCUUCAUGAGUGGAGUUGCUGUGCAACUUACUGCAGAAUUAUCACAUAAUAAUAGCAGCAUAAAAACAGUGAUCAGUGUACAUCCUUUCCCAGCGUGGCGAGCAGGGUGUACGUACGGAAUGUGUGUGUUUCGACACCAGACGGAUUGUCUCUGUAUAUAUGACAUAUGGCAGACGAUAGGCUCAUAACAUGUGUUUGAUCUCAUUUUGCCUAAUACUGUAAGAGAGUGUUACUGGGUGGGUAGGUGCACUUUCAGUUCGCGGUUGCGGGCAUCUGUUUUCCUGAAAGAGACACCUGUGAUUUACGCCUUGAAGAAAAAGCCCCAUCUGUUGAAGGUAAAAUUAAACAUGUACAACUACCACAUAAUUAUUACAGCUCUCAAAUGAUACGCAAAAGAAAUCAGCUUCUUAUAUACCUCAAAAGUAUAUUCGUGUACAACAAAAUUAAACAGGAUUCAUAAUAACAAGGUUCCUCUUUAUUUGCCGUGUCUUCGUCUCGUUACUGAACCCUGUUGUUUUUUUUGUGGUUUAGGGUUAAUUUUGGGAA